AUGACAAGCCGUCAGGAAGUAAAACCCCUCAAGAAAUCUUCAGUCCCGGGAGUUCUCAUCACCCAGUUUGUGGAUGAUGUUCCAGAGGGAUGCAGUACACCUGACUUUGAGCGGAAACCUGUCUCCCUGACGUUGGAGGAAGGUAAAAAUGCCAUCUUCAGAGCUGUGGUCAAAGGUGUCCCAGCCCCUGACGUGAAAUGGACGCGUGCACAAGGUGGAAUGGAUGACCCUGCCAAAUAUGAAAUAUUCUUCAAUAGCGUUACGAAUGAAUUCAUUCUGCAGAUAAACAAACUCACUGUGAAAGACAGUGAUUUGUAUCGUUGCUUUGCUGUGAAUGAAUAUGGGGAAGCUUCAUGCUCUGCUGGCCUCAGGAUCAUACAAGUUGGCUUUAAGAGGAAAGCAAAAUACGUCCCUGUUCAUGCUGCUGAUGAGUUAAGGAAGACACUUGAGGACUCCAGGAAGCGGCUGAGGAAGCGGGCCCCAGCACCAAAACCCAAACCCUUGGAUAAAGAAGCAGUCUGGCAAUUGCUGCUGCAUGCAGAUAAGAGAGAUUAUGAGAGAAUCUGUAUCAAAUAUGGAAUUGCUGACUUCCGUGGGAUGCUGAAGAAGCUGCAGGAGAUGAGGAAGGACGCAGAGAGUGAACAAGGAGAGCUAAUACACAGCAUCAAAAACUUCAAACACAUUGAAGUCACCAAGGAUGGAAAAGCUAUGUUCAGCCUGGAGAUGGACCUGAAAAACACAAAAAGCAAAGUCUAUCUGCUUAAGGAUGGUGAAAAGCUCAGGUAUGAAACGAGUAAUGAGUAUGGGAAGCACUGCCUGAGGCAAAUUGGGAAGAAGUACAUAUUCAUUGUCAAUGAUGUGCAGCAGGAAGAUGCAGGAUUGUAUCAAGUCCGAGUGGAGGAUGUGCCUGUUUUCUCAACUGCACUGGACCCUGACUCCAUCCCUGUGGGAUUUGAGCAGCCACUCGGCAAUACGAGAUGCCUUGAGAACGAAGAUGUCAUCUUCAAGUGUGUCCUACGCACCCCAUGCCAUGAUGCUGUGUGGCUACACAAAAACAACGUCCUGGAGGCAAGUGAGAAGCACCAGAUCUCUGUGAGUCCUGAUGGGCUGACCCACCAGCUGACUAUCAAAAACUCUGUGCCCUCUGACAAUGGCAUGUACACCAUCGACACUGGACUUUCCACCUCAAAUGCCUGGCUUAUUGUAGAGUAUGCCAAAGGAAAGGGGAGACCAGGUGAAGGAGAAGAAAACUCUGAGUGGCUGGAAGAAUCAUUGCCAAAGAGAGACUGGGCAAAGAAACUUCGACAGCAAGAACCUGUUGGUGAUGGAGAUCAUCUCAUGGACACUGGCGAGGAGAAACGUGGCUGGUACAGAAACGGUCAAGGAGGAAGUCAAGGCCACUCUGUUGAUGCUGAUGGAAGCCAAAGGUUUUUGGGAAAGGAUGGGCUACGCAGAGCCAACAGAAAUGAAAGUAUGGGGGGUGGGCAGUUUUCUGAAGCAGAUCUAGAUGGAGACACCAUGGCAAGUGAUGGAAGUAUCUUUGGGUUAAAAGGCUUUGGAGGCAAAAGAGGAUUAAGGCCUUUGCAAGGCAAGGAUUCUAUGGCAGACAGAGCAGAUACUGGUGAUGAAUCAGGAGCAGUAGGUGAAUGGAUUUCUGUGGAUGGCAGAGGUGGUGUUAUCCUACGUCAUGUUGAUGUUGACAUGGCUGAUGGAGAAGGUGUGGGCUUUCAGCAUGACAGGGAUGGUAAAUUAGAUGAUACAAGUUACAGAGCUGGCUUUGGGGGUUUUGGGAGAUCACGUGCUGCUGGUGGAAGUUCUGAGGUAGAUGGACUUGAUCUCGAUUCAGCCGGAGUGGGAGAUGGAAUGAGGUCCCCCUAUGGCAAGGAUGGUCUGCCAACUGUUGAUAGGGAUGGAACAGGCAUAAACACAGAAGGGCAAAUAGGUAUCCCGUAUGGUGAGGAUGGCCUGGCACCUCAUGCUAGAAGUCGCUUAGGUCAGACAGGAAAGUCUGGUUUGCUAUACGGUCCAGGUGGUCCUUCAGUUGGAGAUGGGGCUAUACCUGGUGCAGGUGGCAGUUCUGUAGGGGAAAUUGAGGCUUUGUAUGGUCCAGGUGGUUGGCCACUUAGACAAGGUGCUGGUGUAGCUGGUGCAGGGGGAGUUGGAUCUCCAUACGGAAAGGAUGGUCUCCCAGUUGGAGCUGCUCUUGGUGGUGCUGGUGUAGCUGGUGCAGGGGGAGUUGGGUCUCCAUAUGGGAAGGAUGGUGUCCCAGUUGGAGCUGCUCUUGGUGGUGCUGGUGUAGGUGGUGCAGGGGGAGUUGGAUCUCCAUAUGGAAAGGAUGGUGUCCCAGUUGGAGCUGGCUUUGGUGGUGCUGGUGUAGCUGGUGCAGGGGGAGUUGGGUCUCCAUAUGGGAAGGAUGGUGUCCCAGUUGGAGCUGCUCUUGGUGGUGCUGGUGUAGCUGGUGCAGGAGGAGUUGGGUCUCCAUAUGGGAAGGAUGGUGUCCCAGUUGGAGCUGGCUUUGGUGGUGCUGGUGUAGCUGGUGCAAGAGGAGUUGGGUCUCCAUAUGGAAAGGAUGGUCUCCCAGUUGGAGCUGGCUUUGGUGGUGCUGGUGUAGCUGAUGCAGGAGGAGUUGGGUCUCCAUAUGGGAAGGAUGGUGUCCCAGUUGGAGCUGGCUUUGGUGGUGCUGGUGUAGCUGGUGCAAGAGGAGUUGGGUCUCCAUAUGGGAAGGAUGGUGUCCCAGUUGGAGCUGGCUUUGGUGGUGCUGGUGUAGCUGGUGCAGGAGGAGUUGGGUCUCCAUAUGGGAAGGAUGGUGUCCCAGUUGGAGCUGGAUUUGGUGGUGCUGGUGUGACUGGUGCAGGGGGAGUUGGAUCUCCAUAUGGGAAGGAUGGUGUCCCAGUUGGAGCUGGCUUUGGUGGUGCUGGUGUAGCUGGUGCAGGGGGAGUUGGAUCUCCAUAUGGAAAGGAUGGUGUCCCAGUUGGAGCUGCUCUUGGUGGUGCUGGUGUAGCUGGUGCAGGGGGAGUUGGAUCUCCAUAUGGAAAGGAUGGUGUCCCAGUUGGAGCUGCUCUUGGUGGUGCUGGUGUAGGUGGUGCAGGGGGAGUUGGAUCUCCAUAUGGGAAGGAUGGUGUCCCAGUUGGAGCUGGCUUUGGUGGUGCUGGUGUAGCUGGUGCAGGGGGAGUUGGAUCUCCAUAUGGAAAGGAUGGUGUCCCAGUUGGAGCUGCUCUUGGUGGUGCUGGUGUAGCUGGUGUAGGGGGAGUUGGGUCUCCAUAUGGAAAGGAUGGUUUCCCAGCUGGAGCUGGCAUAGAUGGUGCUGGUGUAGCUAGUGCAGGGGGAGUUGGAUCUCCAUAUGGAAAGGAUGGUGUCCCAGUUGGAGCUGGCUUUGGUGGUGCUGGUGUAGCUGGUGCAGGGGGAGUUGGAUCUCCAUAUGGAAAGGAUGGUCUCCCAGUUGGAGCUGCUCUUGGUGGUGCUGGUGUAGCUGGUGCAGGGGGAGUUGGGUCUCCAUAUGGGAAGGAUGGUGUCCCAGUUGGAGCUGGCAUAGGUGCUGCUGGUGUAGCUGGUGCAGGGGGAGUUGGGUCUCCAUAUGGGAAGGAUGGUGUCCCAGUUGGAGCUGCUCUUGGUGCUGCUGGUGUAGCUGGUGCAGGGGGAUUUGGGUCUCCAUAUGGGAAGGAUGGUCUCCCAGUUGGAGUUGGCAUAGGUGCUGCUGGUGUAGCUGGUGCAGGGGGAGUUGGAUCUCCAUGUGGGAAGGAUGGUGUCCCAGUUGGAGCUGGAUUUGGUGGUGCUGGUGUAGCUGGUGCAGGGGGAGUUGGAUCUCCAUAUGGGAAGGAUGGUGUCCCAGUUGGAGCUGGCAUAGGUGCUGCUGGUGUAGCUGCUCUUGGUGGUGCUGGUGUAGCUGGUGCAGGGGGAGUUGGGUCUCCAUAUGGGAAGGAUGGUGUCCCAGUUGGAGCUGCUCUUGGUGGUGCUGGUGUAGCUGGUGCAGGGGGAGUUGGGUCUCCAUAUGGGAAGGAUGGUGUCCCAGUUGGAGCUGCUCUUGGUGGUGCUGGUGUAUCUGGUGCAGGGGGAGUUGGAUCUCCAUAUGGGAAGGAUGGUCUCCCAGCUGGAGCUGGCAUAGGUGAUGCUGGUGUAGCUGGUGCAGGGGGAGUUGGAUCUCCAUAUGGGAAGGAUGGUGUCCCAGUUGGAGCUGGCAUAGGUGCUGCUGGUGUAGCUGGUGCAGGGGGAGUUGGGUCUCCAUAUGGGAAGGAUGGUGUCCCAGUUGGAGCUGGCAUAGGUGCUGCUGGUGUAGCUGGUGCAGGGGGAGUUGGGUCUCCAUAUGGGAAGGAUGGUGUCCCAGUUGGAACUGGCAUAGGUGCUGCUGGUGUAGCUGGUGUAGGAGGAGCUGGGAUUCCAUAUGGACAGGAUGGUCUCCCAGUUGGAGGUAGCUUUGGUGGUGCUGGUGUAGCUGGUGUAGGAGGAGUAGGAUCUCCAUAUGGAAAGGCUGGUAUCCCACCUGGGGGUGUGGGUGGAUCUGGUCAUUUUCCUUUGGGAGGUGCAGGAAUAAUGGGAUCUCACCAUGGCAGUGAUUCUGUGCCUAGCAAAGCUGCAGGAUAUGCAGGUGGAGCAGGAAAUGUCUUUUCCUCCGAACGUGGUGGUAUGGGUGGAUCUGCUCUAAGGGAUACUGGGUCUCCCUAUGGCAAAGACAGUGUGUCAGCUGGAGCCAGGGCUGGUGUGGAUGAUACUGGCAGUUUGAGAGGUGAUGGGAAGGGGUCACGUUCUGUAGGUGGUAAAGAAGCUGUGGUAGGUGCUGAUGAACGAGGGGGUGAAUAUGGUCUUGAUUCACGUCCUGGCAAGCCUUCUACUGGACGUGAGACUGGAAAAGGCACUGCCAGUGAUUUCAGAUCAGGGAGCAAAGCUUCUGAUGACAGAGGUUCACUUUCAGGUCAAAGAGCUGCGAGGGGUGGGGACAGAGAUCUAGGGCAGUUACGGUCCCUUCAUGGCACAAAAUCUACCUUCAGAGGGGCAGGGAGUAAAUCCCUUAACAGAUUUGUUGGUGGGAUGAGUUCAGGUAGUUUUGGUCAAGGGUCGUUGGAUUAUGGUCAGAUGUCGGCUCAUUAUGGUGGACUUCCUUCAAUAAACCUGCGGAAAGAGGAACCCAGCCUUGAUUUUAAAACAAACGAUUUCUUGAAGAGUAUAGAAAGUGUGGAAAAAAGACGACAAUAUUGCCUUGAUGAUCUGAGAGCACCACGCUGUCAUGUCAACAAACAGCUACUGAAUGUCAGAGUCCUGAAAGGGGAACCAGCUGAGCUGUCUUGCACUGUCAGUAAAGAAGGAGUGAUAGGAACCUGGUUUAAGGAUGGAUUAAAGUUAACCAGCAUGGAGGGAGUCUGUUUUAAACAGGAAGGUCUAGUCCACAAACUAAUUAUUGACAAGGUGGAAGAUAUUCAUGCUGGGAAAUACAGGUUUGAAAGUGGAGAUAUAAAAACUGAAGCUUCGAUUUUUGUUGAAGAUCCUCCACAGGUUGACAAAGUGCUCCUCAAAAACUUAACGAGUGUUCCUACUGUGGCCAAGGCAGGACAGAACGUAACCAUCAAGAUCCCUUUCGAGGGCCGGCUGCCAAUCAGAGCAGCUUGGCUAAAGGACAAGAUGGAGCUAGCAGAUGACACAAGGAUCCGUGUUGAUAAAACAGACACCUUUACCAAGCUGUCCAUCUCCAACAGCGAGAGAAAGGACGCUGGGGAUUACAAAGUCAGGCUGAAGAACGACAGUGGGGUCCUGGAGAUCAACUUAAAACUUGUGGUAUUUGACAAGCCCCAACCACCUAUAGGACCCAUCAAAAUCGUGGAGAGCUCUGCAAACGACAUCACCAUUCAGUGGAAGCCCCCAAAGGAUGACGGGGGCAAACCAGUGCAAAGCUACAUCAUUGAGAGACAGCAGGUGGGCAAGGACGAGUGGGUGACUUUGGGAGAAACCCCCAAGAGCUGUACUACCUUCACUACCAACAAAGUGGAACAAGACAUGAGCUACUACUUCAGGGUGAGAGCUGUGAAUGCUGAGGGCACCAGUGAUGCGCUGGAAUCAGAGGAAGUGAAGGCUGUCAGUAAGGCUACACCUGGUGCCCCAGAUCCCCCUGAGAUUGUCAGUGCCAGCAGAGACACCAUCACAAUAUCCUGGAAAGCACCUCAGAAAAGUGGCAGCUCCCGAAUUGUGGGGUACCUCGUUCAGAAGCGCAAGAAGGGUACCAUGACCUGGCUGCCAGUCAACAACGUGCCUAUAGCAGACAAGAAGCUGGAGAUGACCAAUCUCAAGAAAGGUCUGCAGUAUGAGUUUCGUGUGGCAGCUGUCAAUGCUGCAGGCACAGGAGAUGCCAGUGAACCGUCAAAGCCUGUCUUUGCACGGGAUUCCACAAAAUCUCUAGGUCAAGUGCAGGACCUGAAAGUGAGCAGCAGUGACAGCUCUAGUAUCACCUUGACAUGGAAAAGACCUGAAACAAGUGAUGGGAGUGAUGUGAAGGGCUAUGAAGUGGAAGUGCGGUCUUCUAACAACCUCAACUGGACCAAAUGCAAUGUUCUUCCCAUAGAGACAACCACUUACACAGUCAAAGGCCUCCAAGCCAAGGAGAUAUACUUCCUGCGUGUGAGAGCCCUCAGUGACAGUGGCCCAGGAGAAGCCGCAGAGCUUGAAGCUCUCCUUGGACCUGCUCCCCCCGUAGUUCCUCCAAGGUUACUAAUAGAUGACACAGUGAAAAGCCUUCUGGUUAUAAAAGCAGGAAAUAUCAUCCGAGUGAAUAUUCCCUUUGAAGGGUCUCCAGCCCCAGUGGUGACCUGGUUAAAGGAUGGGCGUCCUCUUCCAAGCCAGGCUAAAAUAAAAACCCAAGAUGAUACCACGCAGCUGCUGAUCGGAGCAGCUGAAUUCACUGACAGUGGCACCUACACUGUUGAGCUCCAGAAUGGGUUAGGGAAAAGAGAAACAUUCAGCUUCCAAGUUCAAGUUACAGAUAUCCCACUAUCACCUGGACCUAUUCAACUGCAAGAGAAUGUGCAAAACACAGUGACAGUAACCUGGGAGCCAUCAGCAUCCGAGAAAUGGGAGCGUGAUCUCUACUACACAGUCCUGAAACGUGAAUCACAGAAGGGCAUAUGGCGUGUGGUGGGCGACCUGAUCUACACCAACAAGUUCACAUUCACCCGCCUGAUCCCAGGCCGGGACUACUACUUCAGAGUUGUGGCAAAAAAUAACUUGGGAACCAGUGGUCCAUCUGAAACUGUGCAGCCUUGGAGGAUCCGGAAACCAAAGGCUGAGUUUUACAUCAAACCCCAGAAGUACAAGGGAGUGAAUCAAAACCAGCCCCCAAGGUUCCUUGUCCCAUUGAAGCCUCACGUGGUGACCACCGGCAGCGAGUGCCACAUGAGCUGUGCAGUUGGAGGCCAUCCAGCUCCCAAGAUCAGGUGGUACAAGGACAGUAGAGACCUCUCCAAUGAUCCCACCUAUUUUUGCACGAACGACUUUGGAGUCUGCUCCCUGGUUGUCCUGGGUGUCACGAAACAGGAUGAAGGAGAAUAUAUGGUAGAAGCCACCAACGAAUUGGGCCGUGCGUUCAGCAGAGCCUUCCUCACUAUUAAAGACUCCACCCUGUAGCAUGACCUUCCCGAGACCAUCCCUGCACUGCUGUGUAAAUAUGAAGGGUUUUAUUGAGACCUGGUCUACACAAAGGCUAUGUCUUUAUUUGCAGAUGUGUAUUAUAGUCCGAGUGCUUUCAUUUUCAGAUCCAGUAGUUGCAUUUGGAACAUGAUGCUUCACCGUAGCCAAAAUGGGGGGGGGAAAGAGCAUUAAAAGAAUCAUAUCUCUUUGUAAUGAUCAUGGCUUUCCACUUGACCUUUAAAGCACAAUUAGAAGCUUCAGGAGCACAGAAGAUGAGAGGAAAAAUAAUUGGCCAAAAUGAAACUUUCCAUGGAGAACACAGGCGGGAGAGAUCAUUCUGCCA